UGCCCAGGUAACCAGUGAGCGGUCCCGCCCCUCCGGGCCAAGGCUUUGGCGCGCCGCUGAGUGUUGCUGGAGUAGGAACCCCGGUGUCUACCAGCGGCUUUCGCGCGAUGCCCAAGUGGAGCCUGCGGCGGAGGCCGGGCCGCACACUCGGACUCCUGCUGCUGCUGGUCUUGAGCUUCCUGGUGCUCCGCAGGUAUCUGAAUCCCAAGGUGGGCAGCUGUGACCGUGAAGGGGCUCUGAGCCUACGUGUCUUCAUGUUGAACGUCCUGUCUGUCUUGUUCCUGGCUGCAGCAUCUGCUUGCUCUUCCCCUGCAGUGGGGCCCAGCCCAGGAAGUAGUAAUGAAGAAAGUCACCUUUCAAGGUUGAACUGGACCUCUGUGCUUCCCCUAUGGCUCCAACGUCAGCGCCUGGGACUUCGAACAAAAGGCCCAAACUUCAUGCUGGAGGACUCCACCUUUCAGAUUUUGGGGGGAUCCAUACACUAUUUCCGUGUGCCCAGGGAAUACUGGAGGGACCGCCUGCUCAAACUGAAAGCCUGUGGCUUGAAUACCCUUACUACCUAUGUGCCAUGGAACCUCCAUGAGCCAGAACGAGGCAAAUUCGACUUCUCUGGGAAUCUGGACCUAGAGGCCUUUAUCUGGCUGGCUGCAAAGAUUGGCCUGUGGGUGAUUCUGCGACCAGGGCCCUACAUCUGUAGUGAGAUUGACCUCGGGGGCUUGCCCAGCUGGCUCCUUCAAGACCCUGACAUGAAGCUAAGAACAACUUACCCUGGCUUCACUAAGGCAGUGGAUCUUUACUUUGACCACCUGAUGUCCAGGGUGGUGCCGCUUCAGUAUAAGCAUGGGGGGCCUAUCAUUGCGGUGCAAGUGGAGAAUGAGUACGGUUCCUAUAACGGAGACCAUGCGUACAUGCCUUACAUCAAGAAGGCACUGGAAGACCGUGGCAUCAUUGAGAUGCUCCUGACCUCAGACAACAAAGAUGGCCUGGAAAAGGGAGUGGUUGACGGAGUGCUGGCCACCAUCAACUUACAGUCACAACAGGAGCUGGUGGCACUAAACAGUAUUCUCUUAUCUAUACAGGGGAUUCAACCCAAGAUGGUGAUGGAGUACUGGACAGGGUGGUUUGACUCGUGGGGUGGCUCCCACAACAUCUUGGAUUCCUCUGAGGUCCUGCAAACAGUGUCUGCCAUCAUCAAAGACGGCUCCUCCAUCAACCUGUACAUGUUCCAUGGAGGCACAAAUUUUGGCUUCAUAAAUGGAGCCAUGCAUUUUGGUGACUACAAGGCUGAUGUUACCAGCUAUGACUACGAUGCUAUAUUGACAGAGGCUGGAGAUUACACUGCCAAAUACACCAAGCUUCGAGAACUCUUUGGAACCUUCUCAGGCGUCCCUCCACCUCCUCCACCUGAGCUUACUGCUAAGAUGGUCUAUGAGCCAGUGACUCCAUCUUUCUACCUGUCACUGUGGGACGCUCUCCUGUACAUGGAUAAGCCAAUCACAUCUGAGAUACCCAUCAACAUGGAGAACCUGCCGGUAAACAAUGGUAAUGGGCAGGCCUUUGGGUAUGUCCUCUAUGAGACCACCAUCUUUUCAUCUGGCGUCCUCAGUGGCCUUGUGCGUGACAGAGGACAGGUCUUUUUGAACAGAGUGUCCAUAGGAUUCUUGGACUAUACGACAACGAAGAUCACUAUCCCCUUGACCCAGGGUUACACAAUACUGAGGAUCUUGGUGGAGAAUCGUGGGCGAGUCAACUACGGAAAUAACAUUGACAGCCAGCGCAAAGGUUUAAUUGGAAAUCUCUAUCUGAAUAAUAAACCCCUGAAAAACUUCAAAAUCUACAGCCUGGAUAUGACAAAGCAGUUCUUUCAGAGGUUCGACAUGGACAAGUGGAGUGUCGUACCCAAAGAAAUUACCUUUCCCGCUUUCUUCCUGGGCACCUUGUCAGUUGGCAUUUACCCUUCUGACACAUUUCUGAAGUUGGAGGGCUGGGUGAAGGGGGUUGUGCUCGUCAAUGAUCACAACCUUGGACGCUACUGGAAUGUAGGACCUCAGGAGACUCUCUACCUCCCCGGUGUCUGGCUGGACAAAGGACUCAACAAGGUUAUCAUUUUCGAAGAGACAAUGGCAGGCUCCAUGGUACAGUCUACUGAUAUCCCCCACCUGGGCAGGAACCAGUAUGUUAACUGAACAGCAGCCCCUGCAGCCCCUGCUAUGGCUGGCAGCUUCCUUCCUUCCUGUCCUGCAGGAGAAGUCAUCGUAACUAGCAACCUCAGGGAAUGAAGGGCUAUAUUCAACUCAGGCCAAAAUUCUAUGCCUAAGCCUAAGAGAAGAUGGGGUAGCGCUGUCUGGGAUACACUCAGAGUGAGAUGUCUUCUCUUCUGGUUUUGUGGACGGGCAUUUUCUGCUCCCCUGAUCUUCCAGGGGAGGCCACAGAGCGGCCACAGAGUAUGUAGUUAGUUAUAUCACCUUCAAAGAAGGUGCUGAGGCGGGUGGGCACUGCCCUCUUCUGGAAGUGAAAGCCUCACUGGCCAGCCUGCUGGUUCUAGGUAGGCUUUUUGAACAUUCCCAGCAGGGUGUGGUCACACCCUAGACAGCUUCUUUGUGCUCCUGAAUUUGUGGGUUUGUCAUUGUUUGUAGAGCCAAGAGAAAAGGGGUCUUAUUUGAGUCAACUUUAUUUUUUUGACUUUGCACCUGCCAGUUCUGGGGAUCUGGAAGAAGUCUUUUCCUGUUCUCUCUGUCUCUUAUUACAUUAAUCAGUUGAUAAACUGAGCCUAAGAGAAACAGGCAUGUUCAAUCCAGCAUGUUAGAGCUGGGCACUUCAGCAGAAACCACCUCACAUCCAUGCUCUCAGGAAGGGAAUGGCAGAAGACCCAGCGAGGUGGUGCUGGGCAGCUAUGCCCGACUGCAGUAGAAUCUGGGGUUAGCUAGAGCACACAGGUCUAGCACCGUCCUUGUUUUCAGCUCAGCUGGUUUCUUUGAACACUCGUCUUCCCCUUCCUGACCAAACAGCAGGGAGGAGGAAAGGCAGCCUUCUGUCACACACAGUCCAGACUGAAGGCUCUUGUUCAAGGAAUCAAGUGCAAUGGCUUGGUGUGGUCUUGCCAUUCUAAACUGCAAUACACUUGAAGCAAACCUUCUUUGUGGGGUCUCCAGCUUCUCUGUACCAUUCUCAGCCAUGGCAGAAAGUGACCUUUAGGGAUCCAGAUACUGAUGGUACCCAGCUGGCAGGUGGCACAUGCCACUGGCUUCUUACCACCUUUCCUGAUUUUCCUUCUCCUUGAAAUGUCAUUGCACUAAGAGCAGUCCAAUCUCAUGCUGGUGGUUAAGAGUAAGAACUUUCUAGAAAGCUAAACCACAAUAUAUAAGUUAGCUAUAGGGGAUAGUUUUUCUUCAUAAAUUACAUCUGACAUGUACUGCUCCAAGCCGAUUGUCUUCAGUAAUAGUGAAAAUCAAAUAACACACAUCCGUGAGCAUAGUGCCCACACAGAAGCCUAGCGAAGAUGGGUUAGGCAAGAGCAGGCAAACAGAGAGCCUUGCAGACUGACAGGCCAGCUUCCUGAGUAUGACCAGGGACACUGUAGUCAGGGCUACUGCAGCCACCGAGCUAAGCUCCCAGCUAAUGUAUCCGCAAGUGGUCAUAGCGGAACAGCCCAUGUCCCACUGGGUCUGCGAAAUCGAGGUUUUCUGUCUGUCUGUCUAUCUGUCCAUCUCUCUCUCUCUCUCUCUCUCUCUCUCUCUCUCUCUCUCUCUCUCUCUCUCUCUCUCUCUCUCUCAUAUUCUCUCAGAUGGGGUCAUAUUAUGUAGCCCCGCCUUGAUCUUUUGUUUCUCUUGCCUUAGCCUUGCAACUUCUCUACCAUCAUGCCCAACUCAAAGGAAGCUUUUUUUUUUUAAAGCCCUUUAUUUGUCUUAAAGUUUUAAAAUAAAAUUAUGUGAUAAGUUUC